AUGACACACAAAAAGUUCGGCAUUUAUAAAGACUUUAUAGAGUUGUACGCAAAGCUUGAUAAAGGAUUGCUUACUCCA